UUUUAACAACAAAAUUUCUACUACAUUGUAUACAGAAGAAAUAUCACAGUUUUAAAAGACAGCUCAAAUAAGAUGACUGAAAAGUUUAAAAUCCUUUCCAUUAUUGGACUAGCGUGGUUGUCGUUGGCUGUACUGGCACACAUUGUAGGGCUAACAACCAACAAGUGGGUGGUUACCACUUUCUCGGCUGAUGUUGAUAGCAUAGUCAAAGCAUUAAUACCCAACAGCAAUUCUAAAAGUGUUACAAAUCUACAAAAUCAGAUCUCCAUCGGAGGCGUAAAUUCUGUGAACCUACAAAAAUUAUUGAAUCAAAUGGAAUCAUUAACGUUAUUAAGAUCGCUUUCAUUUGAUGUAACAAUCAGCAGCGGCAUGAAGGAGAUUUGUUUGGACGUUGAAAAAAAGAGUGAUGCAAUCGACAAAAAUCUUAUCGACACCAUCAACCGUCAGAUUGAAGUGCAAGUUGGGAUGGUUGUUAAAUGUCAUAGUAUUUCACAUUUAAGUGAUUUAUGGAAAGAAUAUAAAACAAACUUAAAACGACUUGGAGUUAAGUUAAAUGAGGAAGUGAAGAAUAUUGAUGGUUAUUUCGAUGCGUUGAACAAUGUCAAGAUUUGUAUUAUUGCAGCUGCAGUGUUUGCUAGUUUAGCCUUGGUUGCUUCAUUUGUAAAAGCUCCUUGUUUGGAUAUCUCCUACAAACAAUGGAUUGUGGGUAUUGUUGUUGCUUGUGCUUUGAUUGCAAUUGUAUCUUCAAUUGCUGGAGUUGCAGUAUUAAAAAAAGAAUUUAACCUUAAAACCGAUUUUGAAGAUCAAAAAGAAAGGAACCUUGCAGAACUUAAAAAGUUUAGCAAACCAUUAUUCGAUCAAUAUGCUACCUUAUUUGACACUCUGAAAAUAACAGAAAAGAAUGGUUAUUCUCACAUCCUUUUUUGUUUUGGAAUUGUCUUGUUGUUCGCUGCAGUAAUAGUAAACAUUGGAGAAUUGAUCAGUGGCAGGAAAAGCAAAUAUGGUGGAUACGUAUAAAUGUCAUUUCUAAUGUCAGAUGAUAGAAAAAUGAACUAAUCAAAAGUUUUAUAACUAUAUUGAAUAUGUAACAUAUAUGAUAUUAAUCUUCAUAUUUUUUAUCUAUUUG